AUGACUUACGUUCGUGCUCUUAUUGCAGUGGCAUCUAUACGAAAAUUAUCUCAAAUGGAUGUGAAAAAUGUUUUUCUAAAUGGGGAUCUUUCCGAAGAAGUUUAUAUGGUUCCUCCUCCUGGUAUUCCACACAAACAAGGAGAAGUUUGUAGACUCCGAAAAGCUUUAUAUGGACUCAAACAAGCACCCCGAGCAUGGUUCGAAAAAUUCUCUAGUGUUGUCGCUACUCUUGGUUUUCAAUCUAGUGCGUAUGAUUCGGCGUUAUUUGUUCGUAAUAGUUCCGCUGGUCGUAUACUGUUAUUGCUUUAUGUUGACGAUAUGAUAAUUACAGGGGAUGAUUUGGUAGGCAUUGAACAGCUCAAACAACAAUUAUGUUAUCAAUUUGAAAUGAAGAAUUUGGGACCCUUACGUUAUUUUUUGGGCAUCGAGGUUGCUAGUUCCUCAAAAGGUUACCUACUUUCUCAGUCCAAAUAUGUGGCAGAUAUUCUUAAAAAGGCUCGUAUAUCAGAUACAAGAAUUGUUGAAACUCCUAUAGAAACCAAUGCCCGCUACACAUGUUCAGAUGGUAUGCAUGUAGCUGAUCCCACAUUGUACCGUACUAUUGUUGGCAGUCUUGUUUAUCUCACUAUUACCCGACCCGAUAUUGCAUAUGUUGUUUAUAUAGUCAGUCAAUUUGUUUCUUCUCCUACUACUGUGCACUGGGCAGCAAUGAUGCGUAUAUUGAGGUACCUUAGAGGAACUCAGUAUCAGAGUUUAUUGUUUCCUUCUUCUUGUUCGUCGACUGUCUCUCUUAGAGGUUUCUCCGAUGCUGGAUGGGCUGGUGAUCAUGGUGAUCGAAAAUCUAUUACCGGUUAUUGUGUCUUCCUUGGAGAUUCUCUUAUUUCUUCGAGGAGUAAGAAACAAUCUAUUCCUUCUCGUUCAUCAACGGAAGCUGAAUAUCCUGCUAUGGCAGACACUACUGCGGAAAUUAUUUGGCUACGUUGGUUAGUUGGAGAUAUGGGUGUUGUUAUAUCAAGUCCAACACCAAUAAACUGUGAUAACACAUCUGCCAUAUACAUUGCUCGUAACUCUGUUUCAUCUUCUUGUGAGCAUAGAGAACAAGUCAUGUUGUUGACAGCACAUCCUCUUCUCACUGAAUUAUCUGUUGUAGCUAUUGCAUUCUGUGCAACUGACCAUAAGAAGUCUUGA